AUGUCGCAGCAGAAAGUGCUCUACCUGCAGUCCAAGAACGGGUCCUUCGCAGUCGCGUCAGCCCCGGUGCCCAAGCCUGGCCCAGGAGAAGUUCUCAUCAAGGUCCAGUCGACUGCGCUCAACCCCGUCGACUGGAAGAUUCAAGCAUUUGGCAUCUUUGUCGAGAAGUUCCCCUCGAUCAUCGGCGGUGAUGCUGCAGGCGUCGUCGUGGAGGUCGGCGAAGGCGUCACAAACCUCAAGAAGGGAGACAGAGUAUUCACUAAUGGCGUGUACGGUGUCAAUGAACACGCAACCUUCCAGCAAUACGCGCUCGGUUACGCCGACGUGACUGGAAAGAUCCCAGACGAUCUCUCUUUCGACCAAGCUUCAACGAUCCCGCUCGGCUUGGCGACCGCAGCCACGGGACUGUUUAACGAGGGAGCGGAGACCGGCAGUGUAGGCCUCUUCCCGCCUUGGGAAAACGGCGGACGCGCGAAGUACGCUGGAGAGCCCAUCCUCGUCAUCGGCGGUGCUAGUUCCGUUGGUCAAUACGUCAUCCAGCUCACGAAACUCGCUGGCUUCGGCCCCAUCAUCACGACAGCCUCCCUCCGCAACGCUGGGUAUCUGAAGGGCCUGGGCGCGACGCACAUUCUCGAUCGCAACCUCCCGGACGCUGGCCUCAUCGCGGAGGUCAAGAAGAUCACUUCCGCACCUAUCAAGGUUGUGUUCGACGCUGUGUCCGAGCCCAGACGCAAAAUAACAAGACGGACGAUAAGCGAAUUAUCCAACAUACGGGAACACGAACGCCCCGAACAACCGCAAGGUGGGGCGAGUCUGUAUUCGAAAGUGACCGUUCUGCUGGAAGAGGGUGUGAUCAAGCCGAACCCCGUGGAGGUGCUGCCAAACGGGUUAGAGGGCAUUAUUGCUGGACUUGAGAAGCUCAAGCAGGGCGUCAGCAACGUGAAGCUCGUUGGGCAUCCGCAGGAGACGGUGUGA